AUAGCACCACUUCAACUCAUUUUGAUCUAGGAAGAACCUUGGGUCCGUAGGUCAGUUGCUGCCAAGCGUGUUAUUUCUUCAUGUUAGAUUAGACACUCCCACACUGUCAUCGGUCUGGUUAAGUUUCUAUUUCCUGAGCUGAUCUCUUCUUGGUCUUCAGCGUAACUGAUGACACACAAGACAUUCCUAUGAUCAAUCUGUAGGUUUGUAAAGAACAGAUCAUGGUGAAAAGAAUCAGUGAUGUAUCUGAGCUGCAGGACUCUGGGUUUGGUAAGCCGUGGCCUCGACAUGGACUCAGACUCUUGUACUGGUUUGCUGAUCAAUGCAUUUCUGGCACAUGUAACAGUGAUAUGAUCCUGCUGUGUGACCCGGCUAGAGGAGAUUUUGGAUUUCACUUUUUUGCCAACCGAUGCAGUCAAGAUCCAAGUGUGAGGUUUCUUCCAAAUAUGAAGUCUCCUUACUACGUUGUUGGCAAUCUGAAUUCACCGGGAGCUAAUAUGCUACCGGACUAUGUUGUGAAAGACAAGACUCGCAACCGUGAGGAUCAAAGCAAUGCAGAUCGUCUCAUCGUCUGCUUUCUGGGUGAGCAUAGAUUUGGGAAAGUUUAUGUGACCACACACAGCGAUCUGUCAAAUUAUGAUCCUAAUGCCACAUUCCACAUCACCAGGACUCUCCUCUGGAUCAUUAAAUCAUACCGGAGUAAAGAGGACUUUUUGAGGGACACUGGGUAUCGUAAAUCCAGACCAGCCGUGGCGAAUAACAAGACCUCAGUUUCCUCAGUGUGGUACUACAGCCCAGAACUCCGCAUGUGGGUCCCUAGAUUGGAUCAGCAGGUUUCCCCACCUCCUAGUUUAUAUAAUAAUGAUGUCCGAAUACAGAUAACUGAUACAGACAAUGACACAGCAACGCAAAGCCAACCUGAGACAGAACCUCAAAGAAAGAGCUGCUGUGAACGUUUCUGUACUAUACUUUAAAACCUUCAUGAAAUUACAAACAAUGUUGGGAAUAUUUUAAAGAUCAACAACAAAAUAAGAGCCAUUUCCUUUUACUGAUUUUACUUUUAUUCAUUUUAUUUAGCAUUAUAUUUAUAUUAAAUGUCUAGCCCUGACUAAAACCUAAUGAAU